UUGUAGUUAUCAAUCCGCAUAAAAAGGCCGAUUAUACCGGAGCAUUUAAGAGACGAAGCAUUUUAAAACUGUGGCUGGAGGUAGUAAAAGCCGACAUGAAAGUUUAUCUCUUUAUUGCAACGGUGAUAUUCGCAUUACAUAGAGUUGAAGGUCUAACAUGUUUACAGUGCAAAGGUGUUCCUAAGCCUCGGAUAUGCAACAAGGUCGUAGACUGCUAUGCUGGUGAAUCCUGUAGUGUAGAACAAGUGCUGAACGAGUUUGGAGAAAUUGUUUACAAUCUCGGUUGUCUGCCAAAUACGGUAUGCAACAAUUUCACCAAUAGUAUAAAUGGACAGCGAGUUACAUGUUCUGAAUGCUGCAAUUCUAAAGAUCUUUGUAAUUCCAAAGGCUGCAGCCAACAAGGUUACCCGGAGCAAAGAGGACCUAUAUGCUAUAACUGUCCUUUACAUACCGACAGUGGAAAGUGUCAUAAUAUUGAAUUCUGCUCUACUGGAGAAGUGUGUAAUAUUGUUGGGAAGAAUAUGUUCUCAGAGACUGUGUAUACAAGUAGCUGUAUAUCUAAACACGCUUGUAAACCAAUGGAAGGUAGCCACGUGGCUAUCAUUGGUAAACGUGACGUCAGCAUGGACAAAAGAAGUCACGAGCAACACAUAUGCGAUUCUUGUUGUUCAGAAGAUCUGUGCAAUAAAAAUUGCACCACAGCUCAGCUGUCUAUAGAUCCAUGUCAGUCAAAUCCUUGUAACCAUGGUACUUGCAAAUCUGACGGUCAUAACUUCAGAUGUGAAUGUGCUGCAGGCUUCACCGGAAUUAUAUGCGACACAGACAUAGAUGAAUGUUUAUCAAAUCCAUGUAUACAUGGAACAUGUAGUGAUCGAGUGAAUGGUUAUGUUUGUGUCUGUACUCAAGGGUACAGUGGAAACAAUUGCCAGCAUAUCUCUACAGACUGUGCUGAUAUUCUUCAUAAUGGAGAUAAUAAAGGCGACGGAAUUUAUACAAUUAUUACAUGGAAAACUCAUGAAACUAUUGACGUCUAUUGUGACAUGACUACAGAUGGUGGCGGUUGGACGGUUUUUCAGAACAGGUUUAAUUAUUCAGUAGAAUUCAACAGGAACUUCUCUCAGUACGAAAAUGGUUUCGGAAAUUUACACACAGAGUUUUGGCUUGGUCUCAAAUACAUUGAAGAAAUAGCAAAUCAAGGACUUUCUGAUCUACGAAUUGAUGUAGAGGCGCAAGAUGGGGCAACAGCUUAUGAAACAUUUGACCGUUUCUCACUUUCAUCAGGGCCAGCAUAUACUCUUCAUUUAGGAUCUACUAUUGCCAGCCUUAAUAUUUCUAAUGGAUUUGGUCCGUAUCAUAAUGGUUCCGAUUUUUCAACGGUCGACCAUGAUGAAGAUCACGGUUCUGGAAAUUGUGCUGUUACUUUUAAAGGUGGUUGGUGGUAUAAACACUGUUUUCAAUCAAAUCUUAAUGGGAAAAAAACGACAGUCACUCUUGGGAUUAUUUACAAUAGCUUUAUUAGUUCAACGACAUUAAUAGGAAGCAGAAUGAUGAUGAGAUCGAGUUGCCCACGUUGAAUUUAUCACAGCAAAGAAAUCCGAGUUGGAAACAAUAAGUGUCUGCAAAUAACACAACAAUAUAAUGAUAUAAUAUGAUUAUAUUAACAAAAACAAUAAUAGAACGACCAAUACCAUGAGCAUCGAAACCACAACAGCAAAUACAGAAACACUUUUAUCAAUUAUUUAGUGUUUUUGUCACAUCUGAGUUUCCUUAUUUAAAUAUAUCUAAAUUAAUAUUAAUUAGUUUAUACAAUCAAGUUUUAUUACGACAAACAUCUCUGCUACGCAUAAUGCAUAUAUUUUACUUUGUAGUCUUAAUUUCUCUUACUUUAAAAACUUGUUUUACUUUAAAAGAUGUUGAGGUUACAAUUUAAACAGAGAAUUAAUUGAUUGAUUUGUUAAGGUUAGCGAACUCAACUUAAAAUUUUAAUAAAUUGUACAGUCUGCAGUUGUGUAACCUAUUAUAUUUUAACGUCCCGUCUUGGAUUGGUGCCCGGAAGAAAUAGCCACACACAAAUUGAAUAAAAUUACUUUUGAUCAUUCGAAAUAAAUUACAGUAAAUAAAGUUAAGUGCAUUUUACUAUUUUUGCCCCAUUAUAUAUAAGAUCGAACAUUCACAUUCGUCCUAUAUUAGUGAAUGUAAACUACAGAUAUUUGUGUUUAUCUAGUGAAAACUAUUCCAAAAUAUUAUAAAAAAUGCAGAUUAUAUAAUUUACCUUCUAUUUA